UUCAGGAUCUGUAAGAAGUGAUAGAACUGGAGGGAUGAGUGUGUCAGAGAGAAAAAUCAAGAAACACACAACCAAAACCCAUGAACCCGGAACCGUGUUUUUACUUUCUUUCUGACGUCUGUGAGCAUAACCAAGUGUCUGAUUACUAAUGUCCAACAUGUACUCAAACUCAACCACUUCAGAGGGCCAGUUCUGCCCCCAGCUUCAGAUGAUGAGGGACCACGGAGUCAAUAACAACACAAAGGUCAAUCUGGCCGUGGUUUGCGUUCAUGGUCUGGUCUCCUGCCUGGGGAUUUUGGAAAACGCCCUGAUCAUCUGGGUGGUGGGCUUCCGCCUCAGAAAUCGUACUGUGGCCUCUGUAUGGGUGCUUAAUCUGGCCAUGUCUGACUUUCUGGCCACCUUGACUCUCCCACUCUUCACCAUCUACCUUCAUUCUUCCCAUAGCUGGGAACUUGGCAACCCACUUUGCAAAGCAAAGUCAUCAUUCUUCCUAAAUAUGUUUGUGUCAGCCUUCCUGCUGGCAGCUAUUUCCCUGGACCGCUUACUUCUGGUGGUCAAGCCCGUGUGGAGCCAGAAUCAUCGGUCAGUGGCAGGAGCAUGGAAGGUGUGUGCACUGGGCUGGCUGUGGGCAACAUUAAAUACAGCUCCUUAUUCCCUGUUUCGCUCAGUGGUAGAGAAGAGGGAUGGGAGGAAGUUGUGUUAUCAUAAUUUUGCCUUGUUUUCAUCCGCUGCAACACUGGAGAGAGAUUGCAAUGUGAUGCAAACAGCAAUAGCCAUCUCCAAGCUGCUGCUUGCUUUCCUGUUCCCUCUUGUGGUGAUUGCAGGGAGCUACAUCCAAAUUGGCCUCAGCCUGAGGAAGAGGGACAUGAGGAGAAGGCAAAGUGCCAGUAAACUAACAAAUACACUGAUUGUGUCAAACAGUGAUCGAGUGAAAAAUACACCUACAAACACAAAAACUAAUAAUUUCCUGCUCAAACAUUUUACUUGUGGUCCAUCUAUUAGGUCAGAAGUAAAUACCUUGUCACCCACCACCUCUAGUCCACAUCAAAACCAGCUUUCCCAGAGUUUCACCAAGAUGGUUUCAUGUGUGAUUGCAGCAUUUGCACUGUGCUGGGCUCCUUAUCACAUCUUCUGCACAAUUGAGCUCUCAGAUAAGGAAGAUACUCUCAAACUGGUGGAGACUUGGCUCCCGCUAGCUGCUACACUUGCAUUCUUAAAUCCAUUAUUGAACCCCAUCCUGUAUGCCUUCAGCUGUCCGCACUUCUGUGUGAGAAUACAGCAAAGCCUGGGGGCAUUAUUCGAUGGACUGGUGGAGGAGGGAGAGGGAAUACUGAUGGUCUCGGGGAAGAGUCUAAGAGCUCACAUGAAGCGGAAGAGCAGUCAGGAUGGAAGCCUUGCAACACCAGGUUCACCAGAAGGACUGUGUCAGUCACCUGACAUUUAACUACACCCCCCACCCCACUCAAAGGACCGCAAAGACAGUCACACAGAUAAGUUUGUGCAAGAAUCACCAAACAAUGUGGAGCAUACCUGUGACAUCAUUGGGGUUUUGUUGGGAGUUGGGGGAUGGGGGAGCUGGCUGUUUAUAUAUAACUAUAUUGUGCAUGUUUGAAACACAUUUGUGUAUUUUGCAGCCAAAAUGGGACAGAACAGGGAUAUUUCUGUGGACUAGUUUGCCUUGUUGAUAAUCAUGUCUCUAAAUUCCAGAUUUCCUUCUUGGCCCUGGUACUUGGUCUAAUCCCUCAGUCUUGUAGCGAUAAAGUGUCUGUUCUGUCGAGGAGGAAGUCAUCUAGUUGUCCAGAUAAUUACCAUUGACCCUACUGAAAGUUAGACAACUACAGCUUGACCCCAAAAACUACAAGUACUAAGGCCGUGGGAAGAAAUUCUGGAGAAAUUCUGCUGCUGCAUCUUGCAACUUGGACUAUUUCAGGUUCCGAUAUACUAUGAGUCUGUACUUCUAUAUUUACAUGUUUUGUAUUCAGAUACUAUGUUAAAAAAAAAAAGUUUUAUGAAAAGACAAAAACCUUAAACAUUUCAUGUCAGCUUAUUCAGAAUUUAUUGCUU